AUGGCUGUGGAACUCUGUUUGCUGUUGCUGCUGUUCUGUGGAAGUACUAUUUCAGAGGUACAGCCUAUAUACAAACCACCUCCUGGAACUCUGGAUUUUGGAUUUGUACCAGCCAAGACGUAUGAUACAGGUGCAUACCACGAACCUGGGGCAAUAGGAGUUUUGUUUAAAAUAGUACAUGCGUUCCUGUACUUAGUGCAGCCAAAUACUUUUCCUCAAGAUCUCAUCAGAAAACUAGCACAGCAGCAGUUUGGAAAUACACAGGGCGAUUAUCAAAAGCCAGAAAAUGUUGUCCUGACUCUUCAGGCCAUCUACUAUGAAAUCGGUUUUAUAGUCUCCGCAGCCUUGGGAUUGCUAUUUAUUUUGUUACUGCCUCUUGUGGGACUUUGCUUCUGUAUGUGUCGUUGCUGUGACAACUGUGGUGGGGAAAUGCAUCAAAGACAGAAGAAAAAUGCUGACUGUCAGAGGAGCUGUUUUGCAACAUUUCUUUUUGUUGCAUCUUUAAUAAUAAGCGUUGGAGUGCUCUGUGCAUAUGCUGCCAACCAGCAUUUAACUAACCAAGUCCGAGGAGCAAAGAAACUGGUUAACAGUAAUUUUAAAGAUCUGAAAAUUUUCCUUAACGACACUCCAGCGCAAAUUGAUUACUUGGUGAGCCAGUACAACACAACUAAGGAUAAAGCACUCUCUGACCUAAAUAAUGUUGGACCUGUGCUUGGAACCAGAGUUCAAGAACAGCUGGGAAAAGAAGUACGUCCUGCACUUGAUGCAGCUCUGACAAUGGCAGGAGCCAUCAGAGAAACAAAGGAAGCACUGGAAAAUGUGAGUGUCUCUGUAGAGGUUUUGCAAGAGGGAACAGAGAGGCUUCAUGCAAACUUGACAGAUGUUAAAAUGCACCUAACCAACACCCUCAAUGACUCUGCAUGCAAUGCAGCUCAGGCUGCCUCAACUUGCAAUAUCAUCAAGAAUUCAUUAGGGCAACUGAACAUCAAUGCCAAUUUUAGUGGGUUGCCAGGCGUGAGCUCACAGCUUGCAAAGGUCAAUGAUGUCCUUAAAAUAGACCUUUCUAGUCUGGUACAAAAGGGUUAUGCAGCAUUUAAUGAUACUCCAGACUUGGUGGUAAAUCAAACCAGGAACAUUUUAUCAGCUGUUCCUUAUAUCAAAAGUGUGCUGGAAUCCAUUGGUUCAAAUAUUACUACCUUCACAAGAGCACUCCCUGUUCAGAAGAUUUUGGCAGAUUUGAUGGUGCAUCUUACACAGACUGAGGCAUACAUUCAAGAUUAUUUUCCAGUAGUGGAGCAGUAUGAUUUCUACAGGUGGCUGGGUUGUCUCAUUCUGUGCUGCAUGUUGGUCCUGAUUCUUGUUUUUUACUACCUUGGAUUGCUAUGUGGCACCUGUGGAUAUGAUAAACAUGCUUCUCCAACAACCAGAGGCUGCAUUUCCAACACUGGAGGAAACUUUCUUAUGGCUGGUGUUGGAUUCAGUUUUCUUUUCUCCUGGGUGCUGAUGAUUGUAGUGGUGCUCACUUUUGUCACAGGUGGAAAUGUAGAAAAAUUGGUCUGUGAGCCCUUUGAAGAUAAAAAUUUAUUCAAGGUUUUGGAUACACCUUACUUACUAAAUAAGCACUGGAAAAACUAUCUUGCUGGCAUCAUCUUUAAAAAUCCAAAUGUUAACUUGACUUUUGAAAAAGUGUACAGUGAUUGCAAGGAAAACAAAGGAAUUUAUACUUCCCUUCAUCUAGAACAUCUCUUUAAUAUCAAUGAGCUUUUAAAUAUUAGUAUGUAUACAGAAGAUGUAGCACUUAAAAUUGAACACAUUCAGAUAAACCUCAGCAAAAUCAUUCUGCUGGAUGAAAUUGGGAAGGAGAAUCUUCUGAAUUUCAGCUCUUCAGGAAUAGAUGGGAUAGACUUUUCAGCAUAUUUGACAGAGAUCAAUAAAAGCGUUACGAAGGUUGAUCUUCUCUCAUUUGCUAAUGAUUUAGAAGCAAGAGCAGACCAGCUGCCAAAAGGAGCACUGGAAAAUGCCUUAAAAGGACAUGCAAACAACAUUCGAAUGAUUCAUAACCAGCAAGUAGUUCCACUGGAGCAAGCUAUGAGCACUUUAAAUCAGAGCAUUAGGUUACUGAAGAGGACAUCAUCUGAACUUAUGGUAAAGGUGAAAAAUGUCAUUAGUGCUGUUAAUGCUGCCCAGAAUCUCAUAAAUAACAAUGCUUCUCAAGUUAUUGUCCAGGAGACAAAAAAGUACAUGGAUACCAUAAUUGGCUACUUUGAGCAGUACACUGAGUGGGUCAAGGAGUCGAUUUCCAUGGAAGUAGCAGCAUGCAAGCCUAUUGCCAAUGUGAUAGAUACAGCAGUAGAUAUUUUUUUAUGCAGCUACAUAACUGAUUCUGUGAAUACCUUCUGGUUUGGUUUGGGAGGCUCUUCAAUGUUUCUAAUUCCUGCCAUAAUUUUUGCUGUAAAACUCUCUAAAUACUAUCGUAGGAUGGAUACAGAGGAUGUUUAUGAUGAUACGGAAAAUGGUAAUAAUGGUUAUCAUAAAGAGCAUUUAUAUGGUAUACACAAUCCUGUUUUUACAAGCUCUGUGGAACAGUGGUAA